AUGGUUUCAUCUCAUCGUCCUUUGCUCAGGCUUCCAUGGAUUAUUUUGGCAUUGUUUUUAUCAUUGGCAACAGGAGACCCGAAGCCCGGCUGCCAACGGAGCUGUGGGAAUUUCUCAAUCGAUUACCCUUUCGGUAUCAGUGAAGGAUGUUUUAUGCACGACUUCGAAAUAACUUGCAACGCUUCCUACAAUUCACCGAAGCCAUUCUUACGCUUGGGGGCUGAUCUGCAUGAGGUAGUCGAUAUAUCCGUAGCUUGUAACCAGGUUCGUGUAAGGAACAGCAUGUUCUGUGGCACAGGGUACGGAACUCCAGUUUCGAGUGAUGUGAAUAUCACUACUGGCUGCUUCUCAGUGUGCAACGACAAGUAUCAGGAUGUUACCAGUGGGCCCUGCUCGGGGCUCGGAUGCUAUCAAGACUCCAUUCCUGAGGGUACUACUACGAUUCACGUAGAUAUUAUUGAGAACCUUCUCAACGAUUCCAAGAUAAAUGAUCUAUACAAUGUCUCCACGGCUAAUGAUAAUUGUGCCAAUGAGAAUAGUGAAGCAGUUGGAACAAGUUGCAAAGGAAUGAACAUCGACUGUGUCAGAUAUGAAUCAGGUAGUACAAGUCGAGGUUAUCGUUGCAGAUGCAAACAUGGUUACACAGGGAACCCUUAUCUCAGCUCAGGAUGCCCAGGUUCCGGAGAACCCCCAAAAAUCUUUACUAUACAAGAGUUAGCAGAGGCCAUUGAUAAUUACGCAGAGAGUCGAGUGGUUGGUCGAGGAGGCAGUGGAACAGUUUACAAAGGAACUCUAUGCAACGGUCGGGUCAUCCCCGUAAAGAAGUCGAGAAUGGUCAACAGGAACCGUAUCAAUGAGUUCAUCAAUGAGGUUGUUGUGUUCACUAAAAUCAAUCAUCACAAUGUCGUUAAGCUCUUGGGAUAUUGUUUGGAAACCGAGGUUCCGCUACUGGUUUAUGAAUAUGCUCCUAAUGAGAGCCUUCACUACCAUAUUCAUAAUCUCACCAGGAGAAGGUUGAUCUCGUGGGAAGAUCGAUUACGGAUAGCCACCGAAACUGCAAGUGCUCUUGCUUAUCUCCACUCUGCAUUCGAGGUUCCCAUCAUUCACCGUGAUAUCAAAUCUUCCAACAUAUUAUAGGACGACAACUACACCGCGAAAGUCGCAGAUUUUGGAGCUUCAAGGUCGAUUCCUGCUGACCAGUCUCAAAUAACGACCCUGGUUAAAGGAACCCUCAGGUACUUGGAUCCAGAAUACUUCCAAACAAGCCGACUGACAGAGAAGAGUGAUGUCUACAGCUUUGGGGUGGUGCUAGUGGAACUACUGACAGGGCAGUUGCCGGUGUCAUCUCAAAGACCUGAAGCCCAAAUAAUUUAUCUUCUUACUUCAUUCAAGCAAUGCAACAGGGUCGUCUUGUCGAAUCCUGGAGCCAGACUUGCAAAUGAGGGGAACAUAGAACAACUUGAAGCCAUUGCAGAUCUUGGAAUGAGAUGUCUUUGGUUGAAGGGCGAAGAACAGCCUACAAUGAAAGAAGUGGUGUUAGAGCUCGCCGGGUCAAGACAGAUUUACAAAUAUCCUUGGCAUCAAGUUAACCGUGAGGAGACUCACUUUUUGUUCGAUAAACAGGAUUUACACAGCUCUGAGAGUUCAUCAGCUUUGAAUCUUUAUAGCGACAUGUCACUUAGGCAGUAUAGCGUUACCAGUUUAGGGACAUUUUCAAUGGAUUUGCCUCGAUAA